AUGGAGAAUGGUCGAAGAUAUCAUGCUUACCAAGACGGCAGCUACUGGGGUCCCAAUGAUGAACAAUCCUGCGAGGGCGAAAGCCUGUCGCAUACCUUGUAUACCCUAACCCUUGGUGGAGAGCUGCAUCUAGCGCCUAUUAAAGCUCCGAGGGAAAUCCUGGAUGUCGGGACUGGCACGGGCGCCUGGGCAAUUCAAAUGGCCGAUAAGUUUCCCGAGGCCCAGGUUACUGGUACGGAUUUAUCACCCAUACAGCCGGAUCUUGUUCCAAGUAACUGUGUGUUCGAGAUCGACGAUGCUUCCUUGGACUGGACGUGGGAGGAGGACCAGCUCGACUACGUUCAUGUUCGCGAAAUGUUUGGCUCGAUCAAAGAUUGGGAUCUGUUCUGCAGCGAGGCGUUACGAUGCAUUGCGCCUGGCGGCUACAUUGAGAUCAUGGAACACUCUACAUGGCCGGUGGCUGAUGAUGACUCGCUACCUCCUGACCACUUCUUCAACACCUGGGGUCAAACCAUAGAAGACCUCUCUGAGAUCUGGGGAAAGUCCUUCAACAUUUGGAAGGAGAGUAAAGCUCUGUUAGAAAAAGCUGGAUUUGUCGAUAUUGUGGAGAAACGCUUCAAGUGGCCAAUGAAUGACUGGCCCAAUGACCCGGCACUCAAACAACUCGGAGAGCUGAACCAGAUGCGCUUGACAGAACAUGUACAGGGGUUUACCUUGAGAUUGUUGACCGGUGCUGGAGAGUGGCCAUUACCGCGUGCUCAUGUAUUCCUGGCCGAGAUGAGAAAUGCUCUGAAAGACACUAAUUGCCACGCAUAUCAGGAUGUGAGCGUCGUAUAUGGCAGAAAACCAUCAUGA